AUGGAGCAGCCUCUCGAUGUUAGCUCUGACUCAACAGAGUCACGCCCAGACCGUAGUCCUCGGACACAUGUCGACAGCGGCAAAUUACCAACUGAUUCUAUGGUCACCGUUAGCCUAUCAGAGCCAAGAUCGGAACGUAACACUGUAAUAUCAGAUGCUUCAGAUGGACUCGAUAGUAUGAGAGCUACCAACGAUGGAGGAAGAAACAAUGCCUCACGAGAGGACUCUAUCAGCUCCAUACCAGUCAUCACAAACUCCGUCGAGGAUCAUCAAGAGCUAUAUAGCAACAGCUCCCGUCCCGCUAGCUCCAUCCCUGAAGCGACAGUAGAGGUAGAUUGGGCGCGCCUAGACCAGAAAGAGAGUGAGGAGAUGAGAGAUGAGCAGAACAAUCGCCUCGCAAAAGACCCCAAAUCUGGCUUGAAGAGGCGCGAACGCAGCGAGUCUCGACCACCAUCAAUGCAACAGUUGCGGAAGAUGCUUGAACAAGACCCUUCUACUAUCCGAUAUUCCUACCUUCCCUCUCCUCCACCAAUGACUGAAUUAGAAUUCUGGGCGGCUCUAGCAAGCAAUUACCCGGAAACCGCCCUUCGAUUGCCCAUUCUCACAUCCAACAAGAUUCGUGCAGGUGUUCCUGAUCCCUUGCGCGGCCAAAUAUGGCUCAGCAUGGCUGGUGCUAGAGACCCAUCCCUAGAGGAGAGAUACAACCAUCUCUGCAGAGAGUCAAGUCCACACGAGCCACAGAUCAGCAAAGAUGUGGGUCGGAGCUUUCCAAACCAUGAAUACUUUAGAACCCCACAAAGUGACGGCCAACGAGCCCUGUCCAACGUACUGAAGUGUUUCAGUAUAUAUGAUUCUGACAUAGGGUACUGUCAAGGUCUUGGGUUUCCAGUCGGGACUUUACUGAAGAAUAUGAGUGAGAGAGAAGCAUUCUGCGUCCUCGUACGGCUUAUCAAUGAAUACAACCUCCGUAGCUGCUUCUUACCAGAGCUCCCUGGUCUUCACCUACGAGUUUAUCAGUUCCAGCAACUAUUACGACAGCACCUUCCCAUUCUAGCGUCACACUUUGACGAGAUAUCCAUCAAUGGGGCUGAUUAUCUCACGCAAUGGUGCUUGUCACUAUUCGCUGCACACUGUCCUGACUCGAUGCUCUUCCGCAUAUACGAUGUGAUGUUUGCUGAGGGCGCUUCAGAGACCAUUAUGCGCGUGGCUCUAUCGAUCAUGCGCAGGAACGAAGAAAGACUUCUCAAAGCAGACUACGAAGAAGCCAUGGCAGUUCUUCUAGGCCCGCAAGUCUGGGAACCAUAUGGGCAUGAACCUGAGGCCGCAAAUGAACUCAUUACCGACUUCACUAGCUUCACAGGCAUAGUGACGAAAGACAUUCUCGAAAACCUUGAAGCAAGCUUCAAAGAGGCCCAGACAAUCGGUGGUUCUAGAUCAGAAGCGUCUCCAGGUAUCCAGUCUGCAGCUGCAAAAUUCUUUGGUCGUCUCUGGGUCACAUCUUCUACGAUCGCCAAGCCACAAUCUCUAAGUCCUGGAAUACCGAACCAAAAUCAGAAUCGGCGUUCGAGUGGAUUUAUGUUACUUCGUCGAACAACGUCUAAACAAAGUUUGACCUCAACAAUCAACUCGGCGGGUGUCCCGUCUGAUGGAACAACAAGCUUUAUCAGUGAAGCUGCUACACAUGCUACAUCAUUAUCGAGACAUUCUUCCGGAGACGAGCUCUCAAUCAAGUCACCAACAGAGUCCGGAACUCUGACAGGCCGCAACGUCAUACCAAGCAAAGAUCGGGAAAUGCAUCAGGAGAUCGAGGAACUGCUCAUGGCACUGAGCGAGCGUCAACGUGAAAACGCAUUACUUGUUUCUCAACUUCAGAAAAGUCACGAAGAUCGUGCAGAAGACCAGCGCACCGUGAAGACCUUACUGGAUCGUCUAAAACAGCCGCGCUCACCACCAGGAUCGCCCUCCGAGGGUAAGCCUACGCGUCGCAGGACGACUGUGUCGGCAGGCUUACUUACUAUAACUACGCCUUCGUCUCUCUCUGUCGAGCUACCCGAUGACGUUCAAACCAUGAUACACGAUAUGUCGGUCCGUUUCAGUGACGACGCCCAACUUGCUCGAAAAUCUUCGACUUUCGAAACGAAAUCGUCACUACGAGAUGCUCUCAGCCGAAUCAGAGAGCAACUCCACGCAAAAAGCACCCUCUGCGAUGCCCUCUCACAGGAGCUCAGUGAAGAGAAGUCUCAGUCACACGCAGCUCAAGAGGCACUCAAAGAAACUCGCCAGCGAUUACAAGACUCUUACAAUAGGAGCAAUAAUCUCGAGAAAUCAGUGCAAGAUUUACGCCGCAACGACCGUCGACCUAGUAGCACCCAUCAGGAAGGUAGCACACCACCACUUAGCCGUGCUGACACUGGUGAUUCUACCACAUCCUCACUUGGAGGGCUACGCGAGUUUAAGCUAGGUCGAGCAGGCUCUGUCAAUCAGCCCGCCAAAGGUAUUACUAACUUGCCCAAGCGAGGCUCGUCUCUGAUUGCAGCGAGCGAAAAUCAUAACCCAAUGAACCAAGACGCGCUCCUUGUCGAGUUGGUUAGCGCUAAGACUGCAGAAGCCAGUGCAAGGCAAGAGCUUGAAGAGUUGAAAAACAAAUUUGAAUCGCUACGUAGAGCGAUUGCUGGAGGAGGAGCCAACAUGCCACAGACGCCGAAAACGGAAAUGCCUCCGAGCAGUACGAUUGCUGGAGGAGGCGGGUUUUGGGGAUGGGGUAGGCGGACGGCGAGCACGGCGACGAUAAUACCAGCCGAUACUCGAUGA